AUGACGCAACUUGAGAAUACGCCUACUAGCAGCCAGGAUGCCCGCAGGGACUCUAGCUUAGACUCGCGUGCACGUGGGUCUAGGUCUCCGCCUCAGCCUCAGAACUCGUCUAAAGUGAACAGAACGCCUCCGUUUGUGAGCAUGGACACGGCCUUGGAAAAUGACAUAAAACGACGAUUCUUGGAUAUGGAAGUCUCUAUUAAGCUCUCAGAGAUGGCAAAGCUGGCUCCAAAGUUCCGGAAUACCUUAUUUCGGGAGGAUACACCUGGCGAACCUAGAGCCUCUAGCUCUAAUGCUCUGGUCCUAUAUCGAGACUCCGAUGAGUUGAUAAGACCACCCGUGAACGUCGCGUCUGGGCAGAUCAUCACGGACCGAAGACGCUCGGUGCCUGUUGGAGAUGCCCCUGAGACUGAUGAAGGGAUAUACUCGCUCCCUCUCCUUUACACGGACGUGCGCAUUAACCAGUUUAUGGUCCGCGGGAUGUUAGACUCUGGCUUAGGACUGAACGUGAUUGGUAAGAGAGAGGCAAGAGAGCUUUCUCACCCUAUUCGAAGAGAUCCUUAG